AUGGUAAGCCGGAUAGUCAAUCCCUCUCAGGGGAACACUGUCCUUCUUUUCGGUCCUCAGGCCCUGUCAUUUGAUCAGGAAGCCUUCCUCAAAUUACGCGCAACCAUUCUCGGCUCGCCUGCUUACCAAUGGGUUCUCAAUGUUGUCGAUGAGUUGCCUAUCGUAUGGACAAGCCUUCUAAAACAUAACCCUAGAUUGGAGGCGAUCGAUGGAGCAAAGGAAUUACACAGCCUGGUUGACUGGAUCAAAUUCGGUGAUAUACGCGGCGAUUGUUUCCCUCUUCCCAACAUUCUUCUUAGCCCGCUUGUCGUCAUCACCCAAUUGACGCAAUAUGCCAAUUAUAUCCAAGAACACCCAGACGUCCGGAAGUCAGACAAAACACAGACUCUAGGAUUUUGCACCGGUAUACUUAGUGCCCUUGCCGUAUCCAGCAGCGCUGAUGAGACCGGAUUUGCAAAGUACGGCUCGGUCGCAGUACGCCUUGCAAUGGUUAUCGGAGCUGUUGUAGACGCGCAAGACGCACCGACCGAACGGGGUCCUUCGAAAUCAUUGGCAACUGCCUGGAACUCCGCCAACGGUGAGGACGAACUAAAGCGAAUCCUGGCUGAAUUCUCAGAUGCCUACAUUUCGGUUAGCUAUGACCAGCGUCGUGCAACUGUCACAACUUCGACCAAGACCAUUGCGGCUUUACAAAAAGAACUCCGUGGCGCUGGUAUCAUUGCCAAUGAAGUUGGUCUCGUUGGCCGUUUCCACAGCGACUCGCACCGGAAAGAUCUGGAUUCAGUCAUUGACUUUACCAACACACAACUCGAUUUCCAAUUCCCAGAGCUGUCGGAGCUACAUCUUCCCACCAGCUUCACCACCCAGAUUGAGGAUCUAGCUAACAGCAAGCUACAUCAUGCCGCAUUGCGCCAAAUAUUGGUUGAUAAAUCGGAAUGGCAUCAAUUAUUUGAGUCCGUACAAGAAAAAAGCUUAAGCGACAAGGCUUCCCUCCUUCUUUCAUUUGGCCCGGAGCGACCCGUACCUCCCUCUAUCAUGCGAGUGCUUAGCUCUCAGGUUAUUCAUAUUGCUGAUGUGAACGGAAAAACUAUCCAACAGCCCAACACCAACCCGCACCUGAUUGGAGAUAACGAUAUCGCAGUUGUUGGCAUGUCCCUCAAAGUCGCUGGCGCUGAUGACGUUGAGGAGUUCUGGGACCUUCUUCUCAGAGGGGAAUCGCAACACCAAGAAGUUCCAAAAGAGCGAAUCACUUUUGAGACCAUCUUCCGAGAUGUCGAUCCCAAGAGGAAGUGGUUUGGAAACUUCAUUCGAGACCAUGAUGCAUUCGAUCACAAAUUCUUCAAGAAGAGUCCACGUGAGAUCGGAUCCACAGACCCUCAACAAAGGCAUAUGUUGCAGUGUGCUUAUCAGGCGGUCGAGCAAUCUGGUUAUUUUCGAUCAAAGAACGUCAAUAAAAAAGUUGGGUGCUACGUUGGUGUUUGUGCAGCAGAUUAUGAGAACAACAUUGCAUGUCAUGCCCCUAACGCAUUCUCAGCGACUGGAAACUUGAAGAGUUUUAUCGCUGGUAAGAUCAGUCAUUAUUUCGGUUGGACCGGCCCCGGCUUGACAAUCGACACUGCUUGCUCAUCGUCCGCUGUCGCUGUUCACCAGGCUUGUCGAGCAAUCCUCAGCGGUGAAUGCUCAGCAGCGUUGGCUGGAGGAACCAAUAUCAUGACAAAUCCACUUUGGUUCCAAAACUUAGCAGGAGCCUCCUUUCUCAGUCAAACUGGGCAGUGUAAACCAUUUGACGCUAAGGCAGAUGGAUACUGUCGGGGUGAGGGUAUCGCGGCCGUGUUCCUCAAGAAGCUGUCUUCUGCUAUCGAAGACGGUGACCAAAUUUUAGCAACUAUUGCAGGCUCUGCUGUUUACCAAAACCAGAACUGUACUCCUAUCUUCGUUCCGAACGCACCUUCUCUUUCGGAUCUCUUCCGUAAUGUCGUUGCUCAAGCUCGCCUGGAGCCCAAACAGAUUACUGUUGUUGAAGCACACGGUACUGGUACAGCGGUUGGUGAUCCGGCUGAAUACGAGAGUAUUCACAAUGUGCUCGGUGGAAUAAAUCGAACAACAGCCCUUCAGCUGUCGUCUGUUAAGGGCUUGAUUGGCCAUACCGAAUGUACAUCAGGUUUAAUCUCCCUCGUUAAGACCGUCCUCAUGAUUCAAGAGGCCAGAAUUCCCGCACAGGCCAGUUUCUCUAGUAUUAACCCUCACAUACACCAUAGCCCGGACCACAACAUGGAAAUACCAACAAAAGUCUUGACCUGGAAUGAGAAUUUCCGGGCUGCCUUGAUCAACAACUACGGAGCCUCCGGUUCCAACGCUUCCAUGGUGGUUGUGCAGGCUCCAUUUACGGACAAGUUGGCACCCGCAAUGGAAGGCUCCAAGUCUCCAUUCUGGUUCACCGGUCCGGAUGAUCGGAGUUUGAGGGCUUAUGCAUCGCGGUUCGUCAGGUUCUUGCAAUCCAAAUCAGUUUCUUCGAAAAGCUUGACAUUAGGCAAUGUUUCCUUCAACGUUUCCCGCCAAUCCAACAGAAUUCAUGACAAGGGUCUGAUCUUCAAUGCUGCUUCUCUGCAGGAGUUAGAACAAAAAUUAUCCACCUUUGCCAGUGGCGAAUCUGAGCUUGCUUCUCAGUCAAAACUUGCAACCAAACCUGUUAUACUCUGCUUUGGAGGUCAAGUGUCUACAUUUGUUGGUCUGGACCAACAACUUUACGAUAAUGUGACCAUUCUCCGCCAACACUUGAAUGAGUGUGAUGCUAUCGUGGUUAAGCUAGGACAUAGCAGUAUUUUCCCUGGAGUCUUCCAAAAAACGUCUGUCGAAGAUCCGGUGCACUUGCAGACAAUGCUCUUUGCCGUCCAGUACUCGUCCGCUAAAGCCUGGAUUGAGUCUGGUGUUGAACCGGCAGCUGUCGUUGGUCACAGCUUCGGAGAAUUGACUGCGCUUUGCGUCUCGGGAGCGCUUAGCCUCGAAGACACUGUCAAGAUGAUAAUUGGCCGCGCUAAGAUCAUUCGUGAGAAUUGGGGUUCUGAAAAGGGGGCCAUGAUGGCAGUUGAAGGUGAUCUCGAACAGGUUCAGAACCUGCUUUCGGAGUCGGUUGUUACAGGAGAAGUAGCAGCAACCAUUGCUUGUUACAAUGGACCCCGUAGCUUCACACUUGCGGGUUCUAUGAAAGCUAUUGAAGGAGUCGUCAAGACUGCAUCCACCGGUACUUUCGCCUCCAUGCGUACUAAGGUGCUGAAUGUCACCAAUGCCUUCCACUCCACUUUGGUAGAGCCAUUGAUGGAAGACUUGGAUAAAGUAGGAGGUGAGCUGACCUUCUGUCAGCCCACUAUUCGCCUCGAGAGAGCCACUGAGACUGUCUUGAGUGGAGAUUUAACCUCCAAGUUUGUCGCAGAGCACAUGCGGCACCCUGUCUAUUUCAAUCAUGCCGUGCAAAGACUCGCUCAAGAAUUUCCUUCCAGUAUUUGGAUCGAGGCGGGCUCCAACUCAACGAUUACCAACAUGGCUAGUCGUGCUUUGGGAUCUUCUGGCGGGCACCAUUUUCAGGCUAUCAACAUCACGAAUACCUCCAGUGGACUGUCAAAUCUCUCUGAUGCAACAGUGACUUUGUGGAAGAACGGGCUCGACAUUUCUUUCUGGGCUCACAGCUCCAAGCAAACAUACUCAUAUGCCCCGUUAUUACUUCCACCAUAUCAAUUCGAAAAAUCUCGGCAUUGGAUUGAAAUGAAACAGCCCCCUAAGGCCAGUGGGGAGCCCACUGUUAUUGAAGUAGUAAAGACAACUGUUGAGGAGCUUCCCAAGACUCUUUUGACCUUUGUCGGUCACCAAGAUACCCAGAAGCGCCAACCUCGUUUCCGUAUCAAUACUAUGAUACCUAAGUAUGAAGAGUUAGUCACCGGUCAUGUUAUUGCCAAUACUGCUGCAAUUUGUCCUGCGACUGUGGAAGUCGAUCUGACUAUCGAGGGUCUUCGCACACUUUAUCCGGGAGUGACCGACACUAUGCAGCCUCAAAUACAUUCGGUUGAUAACCAAGCCCCAAUCUGCGUGGAUCCGUCGCGAUCUGUUUGGCUCGAGUAUGAGGCGCUUGACGACGCUGCUCAUACCUGGAACUUCAAGAUCUAUAGCACUGGCAAUGGAAAGGCUGCGACGACCACCCAUGUUACUGGAAAGCUUAUUUUCCGGGGCUUAGAUGACCCCCAAGCUCAGGCUGACUUUUCCAGAUAUGAGCGUUUCGUGAGCCACGAACGUUGUGUGGCUUUACUCAAAACGGACGAUGCAGACGACGUAAUUCAGGGUCGCAACAUCUACAAGACUUUUGGUGAAAUCGUCGAUUACGGUGAACAAUAUCGCGGCUUGCAGAAACUGGUCGGUAAAGGUACCGAGUCUGCUGGUAGAGUCGUCAUGAAGCCAUCAACUGAAACGUGGCUGGAUGCCCAUUUGUCCGACGCUUUCAGUCAAGUUGGCGGAAUAUGGGUCAAUUGUAUGACGGACCGCGAGCCGGCCGACAUGUACAUUGCAAAUGGCUUUGAACAAUGGAUUCGAUCACCCAAAGUAAAAUCUACCGUUGAGCGGCCUGCGUCAUGGGAUGUGUUUGCUCUUCACCAAAAGCACGGCGACAAGGCUUAUGUCACAGAUAUUUUUAUCUUCAAUGGCCUCACCGGUGACCUCACCGAGGUUAUUCUUGGCAUCAAUUAUGCAAAGGUCGCAAAGAUGUCUAUGAGCAAGCUGCUUAGCCGUCUUACACCUAACGGUAGUGGAGUUGGUUCUGCCGCGCCUUCGGCAGCAGCCAAGGUGCAAGCUGGGACCGCCGUGACUGCAUUUACUCCAGCUACAUCAUCGAACGUUGGGUCUCUUCCUGCUGUGACAAAGCCUCGGAAAACCCCGAAAGCACCCAAAGCACCCAAGAAGAAGGUUUCGUCUGGCCAGCCGGAAAUCACUGGUCAGGUUCGAGCAAUGCUGGCAGAGCUGUCAGGCCUUGAGCCCGAAGAAAUCAAAGAGGACGUUGAGCUUGCAAACAUUGGAAUUGAUUCUCUGAUGGGCAUGGAGCUUGCACGAGAAAUUGAGAAUAUUUUCAAAUGCUCAUUGCCUGAAGAUCAACUUGUGGAGGUAACCACAUUCCAAGCACUCUUGCAGUGUAUUCGGGCCAAUCUCCCAGCAUCUGCAGGUGCGGCCGAAGAGAUUGAAGACGACGAUGACGAGGAAGAGGAAGAUGAAGACGACGACGAGUCUCUCGAAGAUGCAAGGGUGUUCACACCAUCCGAUGCCGCUACUUCCGUUUCGUCAGCUGGCAAAGCAGAUGUCAUUGAAUUCCUCGUUGAGUUCUUGGGCAUUGAGGAGAGCAGCGUCACCCGAAGCACACUUCUCCGCGACCUUGGUGUUGACUCCUUGCUUUCGACUGAACUACGCGCUGAUAUCUCGUCCAAGUUCGGCGUCGACGUGCCAGAGGAGGUGAUGCUGGAAGAUCUGUCAGUCGAAGAGUUUGACGUCCAGAUCAACGGAUCUUCUUCCUCCAAGGCUGAGCCACCCAAACCAGCUCCUUCCGUUUCGGUACCCGGGGUUUCUUCUUCCUCUUCCAACGCGCCACGUGCCACAGGAGGCAACCUCGACCUCCCAGCUUCGGUUAUCCUUGAGGCUUUCCACGAAACGAAGGUGCUGACUGACAAAUUCAUCGAAGACUACCGCUGUGCCGGUUACAUCGACAAUGUUCUGCCCAAGCAAGAUGAGCUUUGCAUUGCUCUGGCCGUCGAGGCCUUUGAACAACUUGGAGUAUCCCUCAAAGGAGCCAAGCCAGGUCAAAAGUUGGAACCUAUCAAGUAUUUGCCUCAGCAUAAUCGACUUGCGGAGUACCUCUACAUGAUGCUAGAGAAAGGAGCUCGCUUGAUAGACAUUGACGCGAACGGUGUGAUUACAAGGACUGCCGUGGCUACACCAACCAAAUCGAGCAACGACAUCUGCCAGCAGUUGGUUAGAGAUUACCCCGAUCAUAACUUUGCAAACAGACUCACCCAAUUCUGUGGUCUUCGACUUGCUGACGUCCUGACUGGCAAGAUGGACGGCAUCAAGCUCAUUUUCGGAUCCGCCGAAGGACGUGAACUAGUCUCUGGUCUUUACGGUGAUUCUCUAUUGAACAAGUUGGCCUACGAACAGAUGAAAGACUUCCUUCGUCGUCUGAUAUCGAAACUACCAGUGAACGAAGUGCCAUUAAAGAUCUUGGAGAUGGGUGCUGGCACUGGAGGCACCACCAAAUGGAUUGUACCAUUGCUGGCUGAGUUGAACUUCCCUAUCGAGUAUACAUACACCGAUUUGGCACCAUCUUUUGUGGCCGCCGCUCGUCAAAAGUUCAAAGCCUAUCCGUUCAUGAAGUUCCGUGUCCACGACAUUGAGAAACAGCCAGCAGAUGAUCUGCUUGGAACUCAGCAUCUAAUUCUCGCAAGCAAUGCUGUCCAUGCCACCCACAAUCUUACUGUCUCUACGCAAAACAUUCGCAAGGCACUACGCCCUGACGGGUUCCUAAUGAUGCUUGAGAUGACUGAAACUGUAUACUGGAUUGAUGUGAUCUUUGGUCUACUUGAAGGCUGGUGGCUGUUUGAGGACGGCCGCCGUCACGCAAUUGCCCACCAGUCACGGUGGGAGAAGGACCUCAAGUCGAGGUCAAUAUCCAGCGCAUCUUUAUCGCGCUGGCUUCCGGCCAGAGCGGCCGUCAGUAAAUAUCUUCAGAAAGCAGUCAGUGGCUUUACCGCAGUCUCUAUCUCCUCACCUGCCCACCCUGUACUCUCAAAUCAAGGCGUGCUUGUCACAGGAGCUACUGGGAGCGUCGGAUCUCAUCUAGUUGCUCACUUGGCCAAUCUACCCUCUGUCAAGACAGUGUUCUGUAUCAAUCGAGUCAGUCGCUCAGAUGCAUCAAAACGCCAGCAAGAAGCACUCCUGUCCAAAGGCAUUUCAUUGACUCCCGCAGCAAUGUCAAAGCUAGUGGUGAUUGAAACGGAUACGCACAAACCUCUGCUCGGUCUUCAGCGUGGUGAAUACGAUCGUCUAGUCCGCGAUGUUUCUCACAUCGUGCACAAUGCUUGGCCAAUGAGCGGCAAACGAGCGUUGAUGGGCUUCGAGCAGCAAUUCGUUGUCAUGAGAAAUCUCAUCAAUCUUGCAAACGAAGCUUCAGCAAACGGUCCACGGAGAAUCACCUUCCAGCUUAUAUCUUCAAUCUCUACAGUGGGCUAUUACCCGAUAUGGAGUGGAGAGCGUAACGUACCGGAAAUUCGUGUCGAGAUGAACUCUGUACUUGACAACGGAUACAGCGAUGCCAAACUGGUUUGUGAGCGAAUGUUGGAUGAGACACUUCAUAAACAUCCCGACCGAUUCCGGCCGAUGGCCGUUCGAUUAGGUCAGGUCGCCGGAUCUAGCUCAGGCGGUUACUGGAAUCCAAUGGAGCACUUUUCUUUCCUAAUCAAAUCGUCACAAACACUGAGGGCUUUUCCAGCUCUUGAAGGUGAACUUUCCUGGACACCUGUUGAUGCGGUUGCAGCUACACUAGGUGAUUUGAUCUCUGGUGACCAUCGUCCUUACCCAGUUUACCACAUCGACAACCCUGUUCGUCAGCAAUGGCGGGAUACAAUUCCAGUACUCGCUGAGGCUCUGGGCAUUCCUUCAAGCAACGUUAUUCCCUUCAAAGACUGGGUGGGCAUGGUGCGACGCUUCCCGGGGUCUGAGGUGGACAACCCUGCGGUACGGCUUAUUGAUUUCUUGGAUGAUAAUUUUUUGAGAAUGUCGUGUGGUGGAUUGCUCCUUGAUACUACAAAGAGCCGCGAGCAUUCUCCGACAUUAGCAGCAGUUGGUCCAGUGAGCGCAGACGUUACACGGCAAUAUGUAAAAGCAUGGAGGGAUAUGGGAUUCUUGUACUGA